UCACAAUCUAUAGUAUCGCUAUAGUCAUGGUGAUUCCCGCUGAAAGUACGUCAACCGAAAAAGCUAAAAAACACGUGGGAAAUAAUCUUCAAAUCCACUUGAGCCACAACGACAAAUCGCUACAAGUGACUGGAAAUAACAGCAAAGUGAAAAUUGAAGAAAAUUCUGGUACUGUGAGAAUUAUUGGUGAUAAUUGUGAACUAACAGUGAUGCAAGGUAAAGGCAGAAUUCAGUACAUAGGAAAUUGUGGAAAGAUCUAUUUAGGAAGAAAUGGUUUGUUGAAAAAACUGAGUUAUAUUGGAAACAACGGGAAAAUCCUUAGAUUGGAGAAUGGAGAUGAGGAAAAAGGACCACCAGAGAGAGAUCAAAAACAACACAGUGAUGGAAGCGAAAGAGAAACACAGAAGAGUCAACAGAGGAAAAUUAAAGUUGGUAGAUACUAUACAAGAAUCUCAAGUCCCAGUAAAAGUGAGUGUAAAAAGUCACCUUCACCAAAGGAAGUGACGAGUUUGAGUGAUAGUGAAUGCGAAAAGAUAUCUUCAAUGAAAAAAGUUACGACUUCGAGUGAUAGUGGGAGAAAGAAGCUAGAAGCUGCAUCUACAAAGCAUUCUGGUAGAAGAAGAAUGAACUUUUCUGUUGGAUGUCAUGACAACUUUAUCAGUUUAUGUGGAAGAAAUGUUGAAAUUUCUGGAAUGAAAAUUGUUAGUAGGAGUAUGAGCGGUUAG